GAGAGUAAUUUGGAAAUUAACUUAUGCAGAAAAAUCUUUCAUGAUUUCUGCUAAAAGUCCGUCCUGAAGAACUCCAAAGUUUUUUCUAAUCAAUAAUUUACCAACAAUAAGAGGGACCUCUCAGACACAUCAGCAAAUAACCACAAAAUGCACAAGUACUGAAAGGAGGAACCCCCAAGUACAGAACUUAAAAUUCAACUCUUUUAAUCAAGACAGUGACUUCUUGGCAAGUCCGAAGGAGCGAGACGAAGAUGAUGAGGAUGGAGAGCAAGACUGAGGAGACGAAGAUUGCCAGCAAAAUGAAAAUAUUUUGACUCAAGACCUGAGAUCAAGAAGAAGUAGUACAAUAUACAAAAACAAAAGGAGAAUAGGUUUGUGUUCUCCAAAAGGCCCUGCAUCCCCAUUGUCUCCGCAAUGACUACAAGUUAAUGCAUUUCAGUUCGGAGAUGCAUUGAAGUCACUAGCAAACCGAAAUAAAAGAAGCAGAAUUCUUCACCAAAGAAAUGAAGAUGUAUUAUCGAUGCCAAGCCAACCACGCUCACCAAUCAAUUCUUUCAUCUCUGAGAAUAGAAAUAAAGCUGACAAUAGAGCUUGUAAACCCUCAGUCAUAAGAAAGAUCUUAAAGAAGAAGCCUCUGAAUGAAACAAAGAGAGUGAUUCGUCUCAAUAAGUCCCAAAGGAGAAAGUUCACCAUAUUCAAGAAGUAAAGUUUCCCUUAUUGUUUAGGCAGGUUUGAACUCAUUUAACAAAGCUUAAGAAACUCCAGAAGGUGAAAAGAGAGAUCUUAAGUCCAAUUCGUUGAACAUC